AUGGGGCUUCUAUUGGUCUUUCCCCUCAUUCAGUCUCAAAGUAGAACAGACCCUUCUCUCUGUAACAUAACUGCUGAGGUGCUAUUGAAUUGCCUUCGAGACUGCCAGCCUUUGAGUUUGACUAAGGAACCAGCUGACUGUCUUAAUGGGAUAGAGUCUUUGCUGUGUUCCUGGCUGGAAGACACUUCUGCUUCAGGCCAACAGAUUCCAUACAAGCAAAAAGAAAAUGCUGCUGCUGCCCUAGUUGCCUUGGCUUGUGCAAGAGGGUCGCUGAAAACCUUUGUUCAUACAGUGCACCUAUUACAGAAACAGACUGAUCUAGGAUCCUUGCCUGUGGCUGAUGUAUUAUACAGGUUGUUGCUUUUGGAGGGAGGACCUGGAUCACCCUCUUGUUUGCUUGGAGGAAAGCAUAUAGUGUCUUGGGGCUUUGAAGACAUGUUGCCUGCACCUGAUGCCAACAGUAGUUCCAGCAGUGAAAAUAAAGAUGCAGACUUAGGGCGCUGUCUUGCAGCAGAUGGUCUCUAUCUUUAUACAACUAAUUCGGUGGGCAGAGGAAUAAGCAAACUAGGAUCUGGAUUACAUGGUACUUUGCGAGGUUUUGUGUACUGCCGUAAUGAGGAGCUGGAGACUGGGUGGAUUGCUUUUGGCAACAGCAAACUUCUUCACCGGCCCGUCUCCUUUGACAAUAAGCCUCACUCCCUUUUCCAGGUUGUGGAUCAGCAUACCCUUCAGGUAUGUCAAAUAAUCCCAAUGCCAGUAAAUCACUUCCCAGUUGGCAGUACUAUGACUACCGUGCAUCUUUCUUCAGAUGGCACAUAUUUCUACUGGAUUUGGUCUCCUGCAAGCCUCAAUGAAAAAACGCCAAAGGGCCACUCUGUCUUUAUGGAUAUUUUUGAACUUAUAGUAGAAAAUGGUGUAUGUAUAGCAAAUCCUCUACAGGAACGAAUUAUAUUAAUGAGAAAAGAGGGCGAAUCUGCAAAGAGUAUAAAUGAGAUGCUUCUGAGUAGGCUGUCUAGGUAUAGAGCCUCCCCGUCAGCGACGUUGGCUGCUCUCACUGGCUCUACAAUCUCCAAUACACUGAAGGAGGACCAAGCAGCUGCAAACACUAGCUGUGGGCUGCCACUGAAAAUGUUAAGGAAGACUCCAAUAUACACAUGUGGAACAUACUUGGUGAUGUUGGUCCCACCCCCAGGUGGAUCAGGCAGUUCUGCAACACGUUCGCUCUUUGGAGGAACAAGUGCUUUGUCAUCUUUAAAAAUUCUUGCUUCAAGCUUGGUGUUCAAUAUUUCGGAUGGGCAGUUCACAAGCCGAGCAGAUCUCAUUGAUGCUGCAGGAAGUUCACUUGGACGUGGUGCUCUAGUUCCAGGACUUGGUGCCUGUUAUGAUACUAUGAAUAACAUGAUAUGGACAUGCUCUAAUGAUUAUAUUGAUCAGUGGUGUAAUCCCGGGAACCAGGCAUUCCAUUGCGUCUGUCAGAGACUGGGAGUGAGUCAUGUCAUUACAGAGCCCAAAGGGGAUGCAACAACCACAAAUGAGGUUAUUAACCAGUUACUGCACCAUGUUGGUGCCAUGUGUAUCCACCAACUCAACCUGCUUGCAGCCAGCAACAAUCUUCCCAUAACAAAUUUUUUGGGCAAGCAACAUCCAAUUGAAGCGCAUCACCUCAGCAGUAUUUGUGACAUUAUGGAAAAAGCUAUGGUGAAUGGAGAUACUUGUAUAAUACGCUGCAUCCUUGUCGUCUUUCAGGUGGUUUUUAAAUUUUUCUUCAGCCCACAAACCGAAAGAAACAGAGAUAUUGUUAGAAGGUCUGGCCUAUUACUUUGGCAGUUACUGAUGGCACCAAGGGAUCAGAUUUGCUCUGAGAUUCAGAAGGAGGUUUGUCUAGCUAUUAGCUCUGGAUUAAAUAUCCUGUAUCCUGGAGAAGCAGAAAUCAAUAAUUUAUUGAAAUUGGUCUUAACUGAAGGAGAGAGAAACAGUGGUCUCUCUCAACUUCGUGACGUUAUCCUGACUAAUUUAGCUGAACAGCUUCAGAACAACAGAUUUGGAAGUGAAGAUGAUGAUCAUUAUAGACUAAAUGAUGAGCUGUUGCACUACAUUCUCAAGAUUGUUGUCCGAGAAUCUUGUGUCUUAAUCACCAAGUGCCAAACUGUAUCUAAAGAUGAUUUUCAAAGGCUUCUUUCAACUGUGCCUGCUGCAUCUUCGUGUUUGCGGUAUCUGAUGGCUGUACAGAACCACCUCCUCAGUAACACUAUUUUGAUUAAACCUGAUGAAAAUGAUGACAGUGACAGCUCCUUGCAGGGAGAGACAUUGAAGGUACAGGAGCUAAAGACCAGCAUUUUGUCUCUUGCUACGCAAAUUCUGACAGGAUGUGAUGAAGUCUUAGAAAUGCUGCAACAAGUCACUACAGCACUAAUAAACAGUGACAUCUCUGAUAGAGAGCAAAGAUUAAAAGGCCUGGAGCAAAUUACAAAGGCUACUAUGCUUGGUCAUCUGCUUCCCGUCCUACUGACAUCUCUGAUGCAUCCAAAUUUGCAAACUCUAACUAUGGCUGAUGCCUUGAUGCCUCAGCUGGUGCAGCUGGUUCUUUACACAAGUCAGACUGCACUGCUGCUUAAAACUCAGUCUCCAGUUUUCUCAGAACUGAACAGUUCCCCCAGUGGUGCAUCAGAACAGAAAGGGAAGCUGUUACCUGAUGAGAGAAUGCUGGAAGAGAAAGAAGAACCAGGUUUUCUUACGGGUUUGAAGAUCCCUGCUCCCUGGGCUGCUGGGAAGACUGUAGAAACAGUUCAUCCCGUCAGGGAUAACUAUAAAUUUAAAGAAACUGUACAUAUUCCAGGAGCCCGCUGUUUAUAUCUUAGAUUUGACAACAGAUGUUCUUCACAAUAUGAUUAUGAUAAGUUGGUGAUCUAUGCUGGUCCUAACACAAACAGUAGGAAGGUUGCUGAGUAUGGAGGCAAUACACUGGGAUAUGGCAGCCGUAGUGUCUUAGGAACUGGUUGGCCGAAAGACUUAGUAAAGGUACAGUCUCCUACCCAUCAAAAUUUUAAGGUGGAAGGAGAUACAGUCACCUUCUCCUUUGAAAUGCGGAGUGGUCGUGAGCACAACACUCCAGACAAAGCUAUGUGGGGCUUUGCUUGCACUGUUCGAGCACAGGAGUCUUCAGAGGAUGUGUCAGGAGGCUUGCCAUUCUUAGUUGACCUGGCACUUGGCCUUUCUGUAUUAGCUUGUUCUAUGCUGCGAAUAUUAUACAAUGGACCAGAAAUUACCAAAGAUGAAGAAACCUGUCAAGAGCUCUUAAGAUCUAAAUUAUUACAAAGGUGCCAGUGGCAGGUGGAAGCUAAUGGUGUAAUAUCUCCAGCCCUUACACCAAGUCCUUCUCCAUUGCCUCUUACUAUAGAUGAAGACAGAGAAUUUACGUAUCCCUCUGAUGUUCUAGUGCCUCCUGUUGGACACUAUUUUGAUCUGCCUAGGAUUAGGCUGCCUCCAGGAAUCAUGAUUAAACUCAGGGAAAUUUCUGGACGUGCUCGGCCUCAAUUUAGACCUAGUAUAAAGGAAGUGAUUCAGCCAGAAGUAAUGGAGGAGAUGGUAGUUUCAUGUGUGAUUAAACACUUGAAUUUGGUUGAUGCACUUCAGUCCCUGAUAAAUUUCCAGUAUCAGGAAGAGCAUGCUGAAGAAUAUGAUUUACUUUGCAAAAUUAUGGGAGAGACCUUUAAGAAGCUAAAUGCCAUGGAGAGACAAUUGCAGAGUGUGGCUGAGCUGGAGCAGAAAUGGCAGAAUGAGGUAGAUGAUGCCAUGCACGGGAAGCUGGAGAACAACGUCCCGUUCUUUUAUGAUUAUCACUUCAAUGAGAGCAAGAUGAAAGAACUAGAACUUCUGUGUUCAAUGAAAGAAGUUUCUUUUGAUGGAAGUGAUCUUGAGAAUGUGGUCCUGGCAUUAAGGGAGAAGUUUUUUCAAGAGGUGAAUUCACUGAUACAGAAGACCUCUCAUCCCCUAGCAAAAACAAAAACAUUAGUUAAGAGCUUGAUGAACAGAGCAGAGCUGUUAUUACAUGUCACUAUUGCAGCACAGUCUGGAAUCACAAGAAGUAUAUCUGGUACCCCUGCAGAGACUCCAGCCUGUAAAUCAGCAUCUGAAACAAAAGUGAUAUCUCACGCAGUCCGCCAGCCUGUCUUCCUUCGCAGCAUGUCGGCACCAUCUGACUUAGAAAUGAUUGGUAACGAAGAUAUCGAGUUUGCUAGAUCAAGUCAAAGGCGACGCCAUGUUACCAGCCAUAGAAGCAGCUCUUUCACUCUUCUCCAGUCACUGACUAUUGAGGAUAGCAGAGAUAAACCCACGUACAGUGUUCUGCUGGGGCAACUGUUUGCUUUCAUUGGAACAAAUCCUGACCAAGCGGUAUCCAGCAGCAGUUUCCUGCUAGCUGCUCAGACGAGGUGGCGUCGUGGGAAUACGAGGAAGCAAGCCCUAGUGCAUAUGAGAGAGUUGCUGACGGCAGCUGUUCGGGUUGGUGGUGUGACGCAUCUUGUAGGUCCAGUGACCAUGGUGCUUCAGGGAGGCCCAAGAAUUGAAGAGCUCACGUGUGGCGGGAUGGUGGAACAAGUCCAGGAAGCCUUUGGAGAAACGAUGACGUCUGUGGUCUCGCUGUGUGCUCGCUACCCCAUUGCUUGUGCAAAUAGCAUUGGCCUCUUAUGCACUAUACCUUACACGAGGAGCGAAGAGAAGUGUUUGGUACGUAGUGGCCUGGUACAACUUAUGGACCGGCUUUGCAGUUUAAGCAGCCAGACAGAAUCCAGUUCAAAUGAAAAACAGACCAAGAAACAGAAGGUGGCCACCAUGGCUUGGGCUGCCUUCCAGGUGCUAGCCAAUCGCUGUGUCGAAUGGGAGAAAGAAGAAGGUGGUUCAACAGAAGCUGUUCACUCUGGUCUGGCUCGUCAGGUUUCCAGCCUUCUUACCAACCACCUCGCACGAGCCACGGAGUGUUGUGGUAAUCAAGCUGCAGGAAAUGACGCACUUCAAGAUGUUCUCAGUCUUCUUAAUGACCUGUCAAGGAGUCAUAUAGGUAAAGCAAUCCUGAGCCAGCCAGCCUGUGUGUCCAAGCUUCUGUCACUUCUCUUGGAUCAGCGUCCUUCUCCAAAGUUGGUCCUUAUAAUCCUUCAGUUGUGUCGUGCUGCACUGCCUCUGAUGAGUGUUGAGGACUGUGGAAAUGUGGAAUUGCCUCCCUGGAGUUACUCUGUACCCUCUCUGAACAGUGAACAGGAUGAUCCCAGUGACCCAGCCUCCAAGAUUGCCUCUCUGCUCUUGGCAAAGCUGGCGGAUUAUGUAGUACCAGGAUGCCAGACGGUUCUUUCUCCAACUGCCUCUGAGCCGGAUACUACUUUGGCAAAAGCCAGCCCUAAAAAUUCCAUAAAAGGCGAUAAAGAUCCUGGAGAAGAAAGCGAGGCAGUGGAUGGUAAACUUUCAAUUUUUAUUCAUAAACGGGAAGACCAGUCAUCCCAUGAAGUCCUUCAGCCAUUACUAAGUAGCUCCGAAGGUCGUCCAUUCCGACUAGGAACUGGAGCCAAUAUGGAGAAAGUGGUGAAAAUGGAUCGAGACAUGACAAAAAGCGGCUGCUGUGAAGUUAUUACAGAAGAAGCUGCUGCUGCUCUUCGAAAGGCAACUAAAUGGGCACAGUCUGGUCUAAUAGUUAGUGUUGGGCCACCCAUAGAAACCGUCAAUCCAGAAACUACCAGUGGGUUGUCCACUGGGGACAAAAAGAAGACCGCACAAACAUCUAUUUGCAGAGAGAGGAAUUCUGAGCUUGCCAGGACGGACCCCGUGAGGCCAUUCAUUAGUGGUCAUGUUGCAAACAGCAUGGCAGCAGAGGUGAUCGCUUUGCUACAUAGCUUGUUGAUGGCACCAGAAUCAAAUGCAGCUCAGAUAUGGACAACAACUGCUGAAAAAGUUCUGUCUCGGGCUCUGAUGUACAUUCCACAACUUGGGAAAUAUGCAGAGAGUAUUCUGGAGAAUGGGAGUAGCAGUGGAAGGAAACUUGCUAAACUUCAAAGAAUUGCUCGGCAGGCAGUAGCUGCCCUUUGUGCUCUGGGUGGCUUUAAGGAGACAAUUAAAAUAGGUUCUGAAGUUCAGGUUUUAGGUAAAGGAAUAGCAGGAAGCAUUGGAGUUGUGGCAUCUAUUAAUGAACAAGAAGGUAUAGCAACGGUCAAAUUUCCACCUACCAGUAUAGACAGUAGAAAGACCUCACAAGCAUCAGACACAUUAACUAUUCCAUUAUCUAGGCUCUGUGUUCCAAGAUCCGAGGCAUUGCCUCUUCAUAAACUGUCCAUUACUGAGAAGGUAGUACAGGCAGUCCAGUCCAUGUUGCUCCCUCAGGAGGGAAGUCUAUCUAUUCACACCUCACUUCCUGCAACAGGAGAUGGCUCAACUCCAGUAAUGGCAGUGGUCCGGCUUCUUGCUGAAAUAAGAACCAGAGCAUGCCUGGUGAUGGCUCAGCUGUUAGAAGACAGCUCAUUCUGUGAAGAAUUCAUUCAACAGUGUCCAGCUGCUGUAGAAGUUCUUAAUUUGGUAGCGCAGGAGUGCAGCCCUGGGGAGAGGCUCCUUGUUGUAGAAAUGCAGUGUGAAAGGUUACGAAUGUUGUAUCGUGACUGUGCUCGACCUCCCCCUCCUCCGCUCCAAGCAGACAGAAGACAGCCCAAAGAAAUCACUUGGAGCCCAUCAAGAGUGUUUCCCCCUGUGCGAGCAUGCAUGUUUUCAUCGCAUCUCACGGCUGUGACCUUUUUGGCUGAUCCUAGCGCAGGUGGGGGACUUCCUCGGGGCACGUUUAUCUAUGCCACUUCACCAGUUCCAGUACAGGCACCAUCAUUCUACUGGGAAAUUGAAAUAGUUUCCUAUGGAGAUACAGAUGAUGACACUGGACCAAUAGUUUCCUUCGGAUUUGCUACAGAAGCCGAAAAACGGGAUGGUGCUUGGACAAACCCAGUGGGCACGUGUCUUUUUCACAACAAUGGGCGAGCAGUGCAUUACAACGGCUCCAGCUUGCUACAGUGGAAGAGUGUUAGACUGGAUGUGACUCUGUCGCCUGGUGAUGUAGCAGGAAUUGGAUGGGAAAGAACAGAAGGAACUCCACCCCCUCCAGGGCAGCCAGCUAAAGGCAGAGUUUAUUUUACGUAUUGUGGGCAGCGACUUGGGCCGUAUCUAGAAGAUGUCUCUGGUGGAAUGUGGCCAGUCGUCCACAUUCAGAAAAAGAACACGAAAGUCCGUGCUAACUUCGGGUCUCGCCAGUUUGCCUAUGCUGAAGGACAGGCUCACAGGAAUGCUGCGGAUCUGUGUAUUGACCUAGCUGAAGAAAUAAGCGCCAACUUUGAAGCGUUGCCUUUUGCCAUGGCUUCUGAUAGUGAUAACGAUGCUGGCACCAGCAUAGCAUCUGAUCCUGGGACCCAUGGACCUCCUUGUAGAAUUGCUGCUGUUGCUACGGCUCAACAACAAUAUGACAGUGACACAUCUUGCCACUAUAAAAUGGAGCUAAGCUAUGAGAACUUUAUCACAUCGGGCCCCGAUCCUCACCCCCCUCCUAUUGCAGAUGAUGAAAGCGAUGAUGACGAUGACGAUGAUAUUCCCCGGGAGGAUCACUAUGCCCUCUUGGUUAAAGCCUGGGAAACUAAAGUGUUCCCUACAAUUAGAAGAAGAUUCCGUAAUGAGGCUGAGAGGAAGUCCGGGUUGGAUCAGAUUAAAGGAGCUUUACAGUUAGGAAUGGUUGAUAUAGCACGACAAACUGUAGAAUUCCUCUACGAGGAAAAUGGUGGCAUCCCAAGAGACCUCUACCUUCCUACUAUCGAGGAUAUCAAAGAUGAAGCAAACAAAUUUACAAUUGAUAAAGUACGAAAAGGUCUCACAGUGGUGACUCGCUCUCCUGACAGUAACAACGUUACCAGUAGUGCUGUUGGAACAGCUUUACCCAAGUUCGCCAUUCGUGGGAUGCUGAAGACAUUUGGUCUUCAUGGUGUUGUUCUGGAUGUUGAUUCAGUAAAUGAAUUGGUGCAAGUAGAGACCUACCUCAGAAGUGAAGGAGUUCUGGUGAGAUACUGGUAUCCUAUUGACAUGUUAGAAAGGCCACCUGCUGGUUACAGGAGGACUGCAACAAAUGGAUUGGUUACCCUGGAUAACACCAAUAUCCAAAUUCACAGAGAGCUUUUGCGAAGUGAAGCUGCUCUGGCCAAGCUAUACUGCCGCAUGGCUCUCCUCAAUAUUUUUGCCCCCAAAUCUCCGCAUAUGUUUACUCGGCUGUUUCAUAUUCCUGCUAUCCGUGAUAUCACUCUGGAGCACCUGCAGUUGCUGUCCAACCAACUUCUUGCACCGCCUCUUCCUGAUGGAACAAUCAGUUCAAGUUCUAUUCUUUUGGCCCAGUCCCUGCAACACUGCGUCCAUUCCCAGAACUGUGCUGCCACAGACCUCUUCUACCAGGGCAAUUCGCAAGCCAUCAGAGAGUGGCUUACUGUUGCCAUUACUCGGACGCUGCAUCAAGGAGAGGAGAGUUUGUUAGACCUCACUAAACAGAUCUGCUCCUUUUUGCAGAUGGCACCAGAACAGUUUCCUGCUAAUUUUCCUGGGGCUGCGUUUGUAAUUGUGUCCUGUAAGGAAAGUCAGUCUGGAUUCCGCAAAGAUUCAUCCCUGUAUAAAGCUCCCUGGGCUCGAGUGCUUGUCUACGGGCUCGGGCAUAAAGUUAAAAGGAAUGGUCAGUUAAACCUAAUUGAAGCAGUGUGCUAUCCUCGAGAUGCCUCUCCAACCAACACAGGCCUAACACCUCCCCCAACAACCAAUCAGUACCCUUCGGUGAUCACCCCUACGGACAAGGUCCACAUCAAACUAGGAGUAUCUCCUCCUCCUGGAGCUGUGUUGGUCUUGCAUUCUCUUCCCCUUGAAUUCCCCCUGGCAAUGGCAUUCACAGAACAGCUGUUAACUUGGAAAUUGGAAGAUGGGGAUGGAAAAUCAGAAGACGAACUGGAUACUAUUCCUGCUUCUGUUCUUUUGCAAGUAGUGGAAUUUUUAGGGAACUUUCUCUGGACAACUGACAUGGCAGCAUGUGUGAAGGAAUUAAUAUUUCAUCUCUUGGCUGAGUUGCUUCGCAAAAUUCACAAUCUGGAGCAGAAAAAAAAUCCAGCAGGAUUGUCAUCUUCUAUUGCCCUUCAGCUGAACCCCUGUCUAGCUAUGCUUAUGGCCCUGCAGUCGGAACUUCACAAGCUGUAUGAUGAAGAAACACAAAACUGGGUGUCUGGAAAUGCCUGCGGUGGCUCUGGUGUUGGAGUGGCUGACCAAGGAAGAUUUUCAACGUACUUCCAUGCUCUGAUGGAAGUCUGCCUUGCUGUAGCAGAAGUAACUUUACCUAUCAAUAUGAGUGUAACGGCUAAUGUGAUGUCUUCAACAAGUGCCCCAAAUCUUAGUGACUCUUCCUCCUCAUCUUCAUCUUCUCCAGGACAGACGCCACAGAGUCCAAGCUUGCUGUCAAAGAGGAAAAAAGUCAAAAUGAAGCGGGAAAAGACAUCAUCUUCAGGCAAACGGUCUUCAUCCAGAGCAGCUGAAACAGAUGCUGCAAUCCUCAGUAUAGGAGGAAGCAAGCCUGAGGAUAUGUUAUGGUUUCAUAGAGCACUGACUCUGCUUAUAAUUCUCAGACACCUAACUAAAAAGGAUCCACAGGGAUUGGGUGUGACAAAUGAUGCCGUAGCAGAUGCCUGUCAAGCAUUGGUAGGUCCCACAGCUCAUAGCCGCUUGCUUGUCAUUUCUGGAAUACCAACGCACUUGGAGGAGAGUACUGUGAGAAGUGCAAUCAGAAAGGCAUGUAAUGCACAUGGUGGGGUCUUCAAAGAUGAGAUCUACAUCCCUUUGCAGGAAGAGGAUCCCAAAAAAAUCAAGGACAAAGCGGAAGGAGGAGAAUGCAGAACCGAACUGGAAAAACCAACUGUUUCAAGUAGUGCGGACAGUUUGGAUAUCAGCAGCUCUAGCAGUGUCACACCUGCCAUGAGCGUUAGCGCUUCAGCAUCUACAAGUCAGGCUUCCCUCUGCAGCUCGCAGGGUAUAUCUCGGACCGUCAGUGAUAUCUCAGUUGACCAGUUUCAAGCUGGACUGGAACUGGCCAUCCCACCAGGAUUGCUAGAACCACAUGUUGUUUCCAGCCAGGAGAGUUUGGAUCUUUCACACUGCAGUACUGGAAGCCUUGGCAGCCUUGGCAGCCUCGGGGAACCACUUGACAAUGUAGAAACAGCGUCCGUGUCUGACGUUGGAUCAAUGUACACAGUCACGUCUCUGGACAACCAGCCGCUUCUGUCACGGCCAAUCAAAGGUUUUGCUGUAGUGGAGAUAAGGUCAAGAGCUAAAAUAGAGAAAAUCCGAGCCAGUCUGUUUAAUAGUAGUGAUCUCAUUGGUUUGUCAAGUCUGGAUGGUGAAGAUGAACUGAUGGAAAUGUCAACUGAAGAGAUUUUAACUGUUUCUACUGUAAAUCAGAGUUUAUUUGACACGCAAGGGAGCCCAGCGCUAGAAGAUUAUUUCAAUGAUAAGUCAAUAAAAGGUGAGAAAUUGGUCCCAGGUGCUCGAGAAGUCCUCACAGAAAUAUUUAAAAGCUGCAUCCAUUCUGAGCAAAUGCUGAGCCUAACUCCAGCGAAACCCAUUAAGGUUGCUGAUAUCUAUCUUAGUAAAGAACAGAUAAAUUCUCAGACGCCUGGAAACCUUCUUCAUGUGUUCUUCACAAAUGUCCGCCCUCCAAAGAAGGUGCUAGAGGACCAGCUUACGCAGAUUUUAAGGAAAUACGGUGUGCCCAAGCCGAAAUUUGACAAGAGCAAGUACAACAAGACAGGCAAAGAACAGCAUCCAGUGAAAGUUGUGAGCACCAAGCGCCCAGUGACUAAACCACCUACAAAGGAAAAGUCUGUGCUCAAUAGUGUCAGCCGAACAGCCUUAAGUGAGAAGAAACCUACCGUAAAGCCAAAAUCUCCUGAGAAGAGCAAACCUGAAGAGAAGGACCCUGAAAAGUCUCCCACAAAGAAACAGGAAGUUCCUGAGGAGAAGUAUUUGACACUGGAUGGAUUUCACAGAUUUGUGGUUGACCGAUCUAAACAGGAUAUCCGUAGUGUAUGGAGAGCUAUUCUGUCCUGUGGAUAUGAUCUACAUUUUGAAAGGUGUGCCUGCAUUGAUGCAAGACACGCUCAAAAAGCGUCCCGGAAAUGGACGCUGGAAAUGGAUGUAGCCCUUGUCCAGUAUAUUAACAGGCUUUGUCGUCACCUUGCAAUUACACCAGCACGACUCCAUCCCCAUGAAGUUUAUUUGGAUCCAGCUGAUGCAGCAGAUCCCAGAAUUUCCUGUCUGUUGAAUGUUCCCGUUGAAAGUCUACGCCUACGGUUUGCACUGCUUCAGUCUCUCAAUACAACGUUGGAGACGUUCUUCUUACCGUUGGUGGAGCUUCGGCAGACUGAGAUGUACGCUAACAGUAUUGCUGCCUUACUGCAAGAGGCCAAAGGCUUAAUCUUUUAUGACACAAAGGUAACUGUAAUGAACAGAGUGCUGAAUGCCACUGUCCAAAGAACUGCUGAUCAUGCAGCUCCGGAAAUCACCCUGGAUCCCUUGGAAAUAGUUGGAGGGGAGAUCCGUUCUUCAGAAAAUUCCUAUUUCUGUCAGGCAGCGAGACAGCUAGCCUGUGUGCCGUCCUCCCAGCUCUGCGUUAAACUUGCCAGCGGUGGAGACCCCACGUACGCGUUCAACAUUCGGUUCACAGGGGAGGAGGUUCAUGGAACAAGUGGAUCUUUCCGUCACUUCCUCUGGCAAGUCUGUAAAGAGUUACAGAGCUCCUCGCUCUCCCUUCUCCUGUUGUGCCCAAGCUCUGCAGUCAAUAAGAACAAGGGGAAGUACAUUUUGACGCCUAGCCCUUUAACCUACGCGGAGGAGCAGUUAUUCCAUUUCUUCGGGCAGCUCUUGGGUAUUGCAAUUCGAGCAGAUGUUCCUCUGCCACUUGACCUCCUGCCCUCCUUCUGGAAGACGCUGGUGGGAGAGCCACUGGAUCCUGACGUUGAUCUCCAGGAAGCUGACAUCCUCACCUACAACUAUGUCAAAAAAUUUGAAAAUAUAAACGAUGAGACAGAACUGGAAGCUCUGUGUGCAGAAAUUGCUUCUCAGCAUCUGGCAACAGAGAGCCCUGACUGUCCGAACAAGCCCUGCUGCAAAUUCACCUACCUGACCAUUGCAGGGGAAGAGGUGGAGCUUUGUCCCAGAGGCAGGCACAUUCCAGUGGGGUGGGAGAACAAGGAUGUGUACGCAGCAGCGAUCCGGAGCUUGAGGAUGCGUGAGCUGCAGACUCCGGAGUGCAUGACCGCAGUGCGUGCUGGGCUGGGGUCUAUCAUUCCCCUGCAGCUUCUGACUACGCUGACCCCUCUAGAGAUGGAGCUGAGGACGUGUGGGCUUCCGUACAUUAACCUGGAGUUUCUCAAGGCGCACACCAUGUACCAGGUGGGCUUGAUGGAAACUGAUCAGCACAUCGAGUUUUUCUGGAGCGCGUUGGAGAUGUUCACGCAGGAGGAGCUCUGCAAGUUCAUAAAGUUCGCCUGUAACCAGGAACGAAUCCCCUUCACCUGUCCGUGCAAAGACGGAGGCCCCGACACUGCCCACGUCCCGCCGUACCCCAUGAAAAUAGCCCCCCCCGACGGAGCCGCAGGUUCUCCAGACUCUCGGUACAUCCGUGUGGAAACAUGCAUGUUCAUGAUCAAACUUCCUCAGUACUCCUCGCUGGACAUAAUGCUGGAGAAGCUCCGCUACGCCAUCCACUACCGGGAGGAUCCGCUCAGCGGCUGAGCGGGAGCAGGGGAUGCCUGGAGGUGACGGGCUGGAGUGUUUCAUGGCUCUGCUAACGUUGGAAACCCUUUAAUUCACGUAAAAAUACCUCCUGUAACACUGUGUGACGAGCGGGAGGUGGAGUUUCUUUUCUGAACUUUUGUUCCCGUUACAAUAAUUACUGGAAGACUUACAUUUUGUAUUUGUAGACUUCGUGGUGGACUGGUUAUUUUGCUGCCUUGUUUGUGGAAUAUUUGUAGGAUAGUUUAGUAAAGACCAGUUUGUGUAUAAUUUAAUUUCGACAAACCUUUAAACAUGUACAUUUCUAAUUUUGUAAUUUAGAACGAUAUUACCCAUGCAAACACAACAAAAGCGAGG